AUGGAUGAUGAUGGUUCUGGUACACUCAGGGGCCAGCGUGCCCGGCUCACGUGCACCGAGUGUCAUCGUCGCAAAAUCAAAUGCGAUAAGAACAUUCCUUGCGGCACUUGCAUCAAAAGAGGAAUGGGCGAUUUGUGCGGUCGCGAAGAGAAUGCAGUGGCGACAGCUACACCGGCGCGCCUGCCUAGCGAAUCAGCGGCUACGAAUGACGCCGUCCAGACGCUGCUGCGUCGUGUAACGCAGCUCGAAGCCAGGCUACAGCAGAACCAUCAUUCCAGUUUGAAUCAGACCCCUGAACGCACUCGAGAUCGCUCGGGCCGACCAGUAACUCCCGCAGAUAGAACAGUGGAAGAAACCGGCUCCCCUGCGGACGUAAAUGACGGCGAUGCAGCUACUGUGCUUGAGUUCUUAGCCUGGGGCCGCAGGAAGGAUGUCGACUUUGCGAACGCUCCCGAACAUGAAAGCGGCCCCAGGCGACAUAACUUUGGCCAGGAAGACAGUGCGCCUGCCACCAACAUCCUCACAGGGAGCACUAGAGGAGUGCAGCUAGACAUGUUAGAGGCGCUGCUCCCGAGCAGAGAUCACAUCACCCUCCUGGUUGAGUACCACAGCAAUUCUCUCCUCUGGUAUCAUGGAUCAUACUCUUCCAAAAUUUUCUCAAAUGAUCUCAACACGUUCUUUUCUGAACACGGAGGAGAUAUUUGGCAUGAAGAGCUCAACCUCCAAUGGUUAGCACUGCUCUUUGCUAUCAUGACCGGGAGCAUGACUUGCGCGUCUCGAGCUACAUAUCGCGCAUGGGGCUUCUCCAAUUCAGAAAAACCGACUUUAUCCCUUCGAUGGUAUGAGGCGACGAUUACAUGCCUGAAUAUGGCUAGGUACAUCGAGGUUCACACUAUCUACUCCGUACAAGCGAUUGCGACUUUGACCAUCUCCGCUCACAUCUUGGGCUAUUCGAAUAGCCAGUCGGUUCUCCUCGCCUCAGCAGGGCGGAUAGCACAAAGCUUGGGCUUACACAGGCUCGGAUCCGAGCCAGUAUCAACACCUCCUGCCCAGCUUCGCAAGCGCGAAGCCGGUAGGCGCGUUUUCACCCAACUAUGUACUCAAGACUGGUUCAGUAUUCCUUUUUCGGAAUCCUAUGCGCUCAAUCCUAGUUUCAUCCGCACAGCCAAACCGCUGAACUGCAACGACGAUGACAUGAAAGUCCAGCCUCAGUCGACACCCACCCAGGCGAGCUACUGCAACUACCUCUACGAUAUUGCGGCCCUCAUGCCGCAGUUGCUCGAUGCCAUGGCCCAUUGCAACACCUUGCUCACCAAGUAUGAGCAGGUGUUGAAGUACGACGACAAGAUGCGGAAGCUUGCGACGGCAUACAUGCCGACCUUCUUGUUGGCGAAUGCCCCUGUCGCUGCUGAGUGGCCGAUAUAUGUGAGCUGGGCACGCCGGUCGUUGACGAUAUGUGCCGCACACAAAAUUAUCAUGAUACAUCGCAAGUUUGUCGGGCUGUCUUUCACCAACACAGCAUUCUCGUUCACUCGCCGCACUUGUCUUGCCGCUUCCAAGACAAUCCUUAAGGAGGCAUUUGCGGCGAUCGACGAAAACGGACCGGUUUUGUGGAUAGACCAAGCCUUCUCAGUGGCAGCCGGUAUCAUAUUGAGUCUGGAUGCUUUCCACAGGACACACGGCGAGAAAGAGUUCGAAGAGCAUAAGCAACUUGUCGCAGACACUAUUGAGUAUUUGAGAGAAUUCGAGCACAGUAAGAUCGCAUUGCGCGGCGUCAAGUUACUGUCGUUCCUGCAGCAGGAGCUCGACAGUUCCGGACCUAUCGAAUCAAGAAAGAGAUCCCGCCCUGCCGAAGUGAUCGGCUCUUCGCAACCGAGAAAAAGGGUGCGGGCCUUCAAUGUCCAGACGUUCAUCAGGGAUGUCUCCGAGAAUCUCUGCGUCACUACGCCUGCUGCAAGAUUGGAUACUGAGCAGUCCAGUGAUACCGUCGAUAGCGCAUGGGAUGCAUUCAUGGACCUUCUUCCGCCACAAACCGGAUUUGAUGGACAGUUCUUGGCCGACAUAUUUUCGCAGACCGUUUCAACUGAGUUAAAUCAUGUAUAUUUUACCGACAUGUGA